CGCCUCUCCCGGUGUUCUUCUCAACACUCAGCGGACAAAGAAUGAGUCAAACAACAGGCAGGAGGAAAAUGAGGAUUCAUUCUCUCUGAUUGCGAAACUUUUUAUUCAAAAAAUGAACUGGCUGCUAGAUCGAUGGAUUAUUUUGUGCUUAACAGUCUGUGUGUGUGCUGGGGUGCAGGUGACCGUUCGGGAGGAGAGGCGUUUCGCCAUGCUCUUCCAGUCCGUGGUACUCCAGUGCCAAUACCACACACCCUCCACACAGACUCCUGUGGUGCAGUGGUGGUACAAGUCCUACUGCCGUGACCGCACGCAAGACUCCUUCACCUUCCCCGAGAGCCUGGGGGUCCAGGGGUCCGAGCUGGGCGCCGCGGCCCAACUGGAAUGCUCGGACAGCAGCCGCACCGUCCGCAUCGUAGCCUCCGGCCAGGGUGCCUCCAUGACGCUGGCUGAGCACUACAAGGGCCGAGACAUCGCCAUCGUCAACAAGGCGGACCUGCGGAUCGGGGACCUGCAGUGGGGCGACAGCGGAGUGUACUUCUGUAAGAUAGUCAUCGCUGACGACCUGGAGGGGAAGAACGAGGGCCAGGUGGAGUUACUGGUGCUGGGUAGGACAGGUAUGCUGAACGAUCUCCUGCCUGAGUUUGAUGUGGAGAUUAUGCCAGAGUGGGUGUUUGUGGGAUCUGUAGUCCUGGGCAGUAUCCUGUUCCUGUUGUUGAUGGGGAUCUGCUGGUGUCAGUGCUGCCCUCACUCUUGCUGCUGCUACCUCCGCUGCUGCUGCUGCCCCGACACCUGCUGCUGCCCACGCCACCUCUAUGAGGCAGGGAAGAUGGUGAAGAGGGGCCAGCCUCCCCAGGUUGUUGUGUACCCCCCUUACUGCAUCCCUGGGGUCCCCACCAUGGUCCCCUUCACCCCGCCGUCCCUCGCGGAACCUAAGAUGGUCUCCCUUCCCUCAGUGGAGAACAACCUGGCUGGGGCAGCCAGUAGCCUAUCAGAACUCAGCUCUCUUCAUGAGGGAUGGGACACAGAUUUCCGGCAGACCUAUCGGACAGUCCAGAUGAAAGCUCUCCCACCCAUCGCUGACCUCGAUGACCAAUCAGAGCUCAUGGCAGCUCCUGUGCACAACAGUCGUCGACCCAGGCAUUACCGCGGCAACCACACUGAUGACGAGCAAGACAGCAGGUGGAACCCUCGCUCUGUGCACCUGGAGAGGAGGACAUUGGGCUCCAGGGGGCGUACUGGCUCUCUGGAUGAGCUGGAGGAAUUUGCUAUGUCCUAUGGCCCCCGUGCCCGGAGGGGCGACCCCCGUGACCAGGACAGGGACUACGACCUGGAACUAUGGGGGCGAGAGCACUACCCCCCGUACCGGGACCACAGCCCCUCACGCCGUUUCCAUGGAGACAGGGAUGAUGACUGGCACCCCCGCCGCAGCCCGCCUCCGCAGAAGAAGAGGGACAUGUGGGACGAUCUUCCCUCUCGCCCCCACCAGCACACCCAGGGGCGGAGGGGUUACGAUGACGCAUUCCUCAACAACUUAUUGGAGCGCAAGGCAAGGGGGAGAGCAGGAGAGAAGGGGGAGAGAGGAAAGGGACGGAUUGACGAGGACAGUGACACUCCCUCCAAGGGCAGUUCAAAGGGCAAGGGCAGCGACGGUUUCUACAGCCGGUCACCUACCAACAGGCCCGAGGAGGAUGACCCUUUGCCUCCAUACUCGGAGCUAGAGAUGGAAAGGUACCGGAGGGUCAACCCAACCACUGAGCGUUACCGCAUGGUUGAAUCGCCCUCAGAACGAUACAGCACCACUGACCAGGCCAUGCAAUCGUUCUCCUAUACCCGUCCCCCUAAAGGACUGGCCCACACCAUACAGGGGGGCAGAGAGGACAGGGACAACAACCGAAAUAUGACCCCUGCUCUGAGCAGAGAUUCUCUCAUAGUGUGACACAUCAGAGAGAACUCAAGCUUGUGCAUGCACAGCACUGCCAGCAUUGAGAAUCACACAUCACUUGCUUAAAACAUCAUGCAUCAGCCUGGGAGUGACUAACUGAUCAUCCUCAUCAUCAACAACCUGAAGAGGCUUAUCCAAUAGAAGGUUUCCAUCCACAGAAGGGAGGCACCUUGCAUGGAUCACGAGAAGACAAUGGAACGCGAAUUGUUUAUGCAUUGAUUUAAGGAACAUUUGGACACCAUUUUGUUUGUAUGUGUGUUGAGCGUAGAUGCAUUACAUACACACCGUUUGAAUGGGUAUGUGUGGCUGCAACGUGGGUGUGAAGCAUUUGUGUGGAUGUGUACUGUCCUGUAUGUCCAUAUUUAGGUUUAUCUGUGAAACUCAAACCAAGCAUUCCACAGAGCAGUCCCUCUCUCUCACCUACGAAGCACGGUGAAAGUUAGUUCCCGUGAAGUUAUGCUGACAGCAAUGAUACGAUUAGGGCUAUUGGUAGGUAUUGAUCGAUAGGUAUUGAUUAGGUGUGGAGGCAGAGCUAAGAUAAGGGGUUUUAAAAAAAAGGAAAGCGGUCAUCAAAGAAACUUCAUAUGAUCAAUUAAUGUGUGUUAAGUUCAGGAUUGUUUUGAUCAAUUCUAAACCACCAAAUAUGCCAACCUGCCAUUAUAAUUGUAAAUGCAAUGCUCCUCCACGUGUUAUACAUUUCAUCAGACUAUAAGAAACACAUAAUAGGUGUCAAUUGUGCCAUAAAAAAGACAACUCAGGUUCACCUGCCUUCAUGUGUGUGUGUGUGUGUGUGUGUGUGUGUGUGUGUGUGUGUGUGUGUGUGUGUGUGUGUGUGUGUGUGUGUGUGUGUGUGUGUGUGUGUGUGUGUGUGUGUGUGUGUGUGUGUGUGUGUGUGUGUGUGUGUGUGUGUGUGUGUGUGUGUCAUGUACUGUACCUACUGUAAAUGUACUGUACCUACUGAGCUUGAAUUUAUAUUACAGUAAUAGUAUUCUUUAUUAGCCCACAGUAUUAAUUGGACAUGCCCUUAUUGGCCACAGGUAACUAUGUUUUGAAACUGUGCCAUUCAGCCAUAGCAGAUGUUUGUACUUCACUUGUUUGACAUUGAUUUUGAUAUAAACACACUCUCUUAGAUUGUGCCAUUGUGUGUGAUUACUAUGCCCUUUUAUGAUUGUUUACAUUGGAUUAAGGAGCGUGUGUUUCUUAUCGCUAUCUAUGUUAACCGCUUAAUACACACACAGUGCUUGCUGAUUAUAUUUAUCUACACACACAAACACCACAGACAUAAACAACUCUUCCAAGCC